UUUGCGUGUGGCAACACUAACUCGUGCAGCAAAAAAAAAAACCAAGUCGGCGAAUUUUUUUGCAAAAGAACGGAAUAUAAACCAAUUGAUUGUUUUUGUUGUGACUCUUAAUGUGGCUUUGUGCAAGAUAAACAAACUUAAAGCCGACGAUCUUACGCGGCAGUGAAAGAAAACGAAAACUCUUGCUGCUGGCCGGCCCCCUCCCGCCGACGCCCCUUAGCCCCCAUCCCCCUCGGACGCGUCGCUGUGCGUGCAUUGUUGUUGUUUCCGUUUAGCUGGAUUGCACUCGUUUUUUUUUUUUUGCGUGUUUGUUGCUCUCUUUUCGGUUCGGUUUGCGGCUCCGUGUUUUUAGGUGGAAUAAUAUUAAACAGUAUUGCUAAGCUAUGUCGAAAAACAAGCUGAAUCUGGUGCUGCCGCCGGUGAAUACGGAAGCAACUGUUGCCGCCGCCCAAGUGGCGCCGACACCGCCGUUCAAAACCCCCUCGGGCACAGACACACACAGUUUGCUGGGCAAGCCGAAGACGAGCAUCGAUGCGCUAACGGAAACGCUGGAGGGCCUGGACAUGGACGACACUGAGCGGAAGCGGAUCAAGGUGUUCCUCAGCCAAAAGGAGAAGAUCGGCGAGCUCUCUGACGAAGAUCUUGAGAAGCUUGGCGAGCUGGGCUCUGGCAACGGCGGCGUUGUGAUGAAGGUCCGCCACACGCACACACACUUAAUUAUGGCCAGGAAACUGAUCCAUCUGGAGGUCAAGCCGGCGAUCAAGAAACAGAUUCUGCGCGAACUUAAAGUCCUCCACGAAUGCAACUUCCCACACAUUGUCGGCUUCUAUGGGGCCUUCUACAGUGACGGUGAGAUAAGCAUUUGCAUGGAAUACAUGGACGGCGGAUCACUGGACCUAAUCCUCAAGCGGGCGGGCCGGAUACCAGAGUCCAUCCUAGGCCGGAUCACUCUGGCGGUGCUCAAGGGCCUAAGCUAUCUGCGCGACAAGCAUGCCAUCAUCCAUCGGGACGUCAAGCCGAGCAACAUUCUUGUCAACAGCAGCGGCGAGAUAAAGAUCUGUGAUUUCGGCGUUUCCGGCCAACUGAUAGACUCGAUGGCCAACUCCUUUGUGGGCACCCGCAGCUACAUGUCGCCUGAGCGAUUGCAGGGCACACACUAUUCGGUGCAGUCGGACAUCUGGUCGCUGGGCCUGUCGCUGGUAGAGAUGGCCAUCGGCAUGUACCCCAUCCCACCGCCGAACACCGCCACUUUGGAGUCCAUAUUUGCUGACAAUGCGGACAAUGAUGGCGGCCAGCCGGUGGACGAGCCGCGGGCAAUGGCCAUCUUCGAGUUGCUGGACUACAUUGUGAACGAGCCACCGCCAAAGCUGGAGCACAAGAUAUUCUCCAACGAGUUCAAGGACUUUGUGGACAUCUGCCUGAAGAAGCAGCCCGACGAGCGGGCCGAUCUCAAGACCCUGCUGAGUCAUCCCUGGAUACGCAAGGCGGAGGUGGAGGAGGUGGAUAUAUCGGGCUGGGUGUGCAAGACAAUGGAUCUGCCGCCGUCGACGCCGAAGCGGAAUACGUCGCCCAACUAGAUGUGGCCGCAAUGGAUCUCCCGAUCCUCCAAUCCCCCCCGGAUUCCCGAUUUUCAGUCUCCCCCCUCCCCCGUUUUCCUAUGUAUAUCCGCUCACGCAUACACGUUAUUUAUUUGAAUGUAGCCCAUGUACUGUUGUAUCAUAUGUAGCCGGAUAUAUAUAUAUAUACGUUUUAGGUGUAUAUGCAUGUUAUAUAUAUCCAGUUCUUUCGAUUCCUUCCGAUGUCUCUGCGUGUGUGGUGCUUCCUCUCCCCCCGCCCCACCCCCCAUCGGCUCUUUGUCCAACUUUGCGUUGGAGCCGAGCAAAAACAACUGAAUAAAAGACCUUGCAAUUAAAUCGAAAAUAAAGAAAUCGAAGUCAUACCAUGUA